GCUGCCCGAGUGCUUGUUACUGUACUUACACUGUACGAGGGAAAACUCUGCAACAAGAUGACCGAAGAACUGAAAAAGCCAAUUUUCAGUGGAGUGGAUUUCCAGAGUGCGAUCAACAACUUGUACCACCGCACCAGUGAAAUCACAUCGAAGCGGCUGAUUGUGAGGCGAGGCGACACCUUCACAAUAAAACUGAGUCUGACGCAGCCUUUUAAGCCAGAAGAUCAACAACUCGUCAUCACCGCAAAGACCGGAGGACAACAUGCAUCCGAGGACCUGGGGACAUUGUCUCGCUUCGGCUACCCGGACAACAUCAAGCGCUCGCCAUCAGCUAAAGCGGUGUGGAAAUUAGAGACCAGGAGGAUCAGCCCUCCUCCAGACAACACGGUCACUCUGGCCAUAACUCCCCCGGCAGACGCCCCCGUGGGGGAGUACGAACUGUUUGGAAAGCUUCUGCAUGAAGAAAGGUUGCUGGGAAAACUGGUGGUGCUCUUCAACCCCUGGUCUCUCUCGGACACGGUGUAUCUGUCUGACGAGGAGAGGAGACAGGAGUAUGUCCUGAAUGAACAUGGAGUCAUCUUCAAAGGAAGUGUAAACUACAUCUUUCCUGCAGGAUGGGACUAUGGCCAGUUCGAGGAGAACAUGGUGGACAUUUGUUUGAAGAUUCUGGACCGCAACAGCAAACACUUGGAGAACCCGGCUGAAGAUGUCGCUGCUCGCUCUGACCCCAUCUACGUCGGUCGUGUGGUCAGCGCCAUGAUCAACUCUGAAGAUGACAACGGCGUCUUGGAGGGAAGCUGGGACCCUCCAUACAUAGAUGGGAAAAGACCCACUCACUGGACUGGCAGCUACGCCAUCCUUGAUAAGUGGUUCCAAGAAGGCCAACCAGUCAAGUAUGGACAGUGCUGGGUGUUCGCCGGAGUCAUGUGCUCAGUGUUGCGUCUGCUGGGCAUCCCCUGCCGCGUGGUCACUAACUUCUCGUCAGCUCACGACGUCGACAUGAAUCUAACCAUCGACACGUACUACGACUCCGACGGAGUGAAACGGGAGGAGGACAACAUGGACAGCAUUUGCAAGAUCCAGAUCAGUCGACGAGACCUGGGAGACAACAACAAAUGGGGCGGCUGGCAAGCUCUGGAUCCGACACCACAGGAGACGAGUGACGGUAUAUACUGCUGUGGCCCAGCCCCAGUCAAAGCCAUCUUAGAUGGAUACACUGAUUUUAAAUACGACGUCCCAUUUGUCUUUGCUGAGGUCAAUGCCGACUGCAUUGACUGGCUGGUUGGCAGCGAAGGUGAACUGUAUCCCUUAAACUCUGACACCAAGCGAGUCGGGCAGUUCAUCUCCACCAAGUGUGUUGGUUCCAAGCAGAGGGAGGACAUCACCAACACCUACAAGCACGCCGAAGGAUCAUACAAGGAGAGGAUGACCUUUGUAUUUGCCACCACCAGAGACUACUCCAAAACUGAUGAGGAAUGGUGGCUGGAAGAUGAGGAAUUUAUGGAAUGGAUGGAGGAAGGAGCUGAGGAUGAAAAGAUGGAGGAAGAAGCUGGAAGUGGAGGGACUGAUGGUGGAGCUGAAAGUGGAGCGACCCCUGCAGAAGCUGGAAGUGGAGCGACCCCUGCAGAAGCUGGAAGUGCAGGGACCGCUGCAGGAGCCGGAAGUGAUGAAACCCUGACGAACUGCACUCUGACUCUGUCUGGAGCCGGCCUGUUUAAAGCGGACGUUGAUUGCCAGAUUCCAGAUCUGCAACCAAACAACAGGAUACGUGUCAAGUUCUUCUUUGUUCCCUACAAGAAAGGAGAGAAGACCAUCACCGCCGACUUUGACUGCGCCACCUUCAGGGACAUUAAGGGCUCCUGCACUGUCAACGUCGUCUAAUGAAUUCUCAGAUCGCUCAGAAUCAGUUGUGUGCUCAGAAACGCUAGAUGCAAUUACUUCAGUUUCGUUUUGUUUUUUUACAUGAAAUGAAAUUUUGUUUGUUUUAGAGAUCCGCAGGGUUUACGAUAUCAUAACCUCUGAAUACAUUUGCUACAUUCUGGGAGUUAAUUUCUUCAUGUGGUCACUAUGACAUCUGUGCUUGUAAUGUGCUUUUUUUUUUUUUUAGUGAAACUUCAUUCAAUGAUUUCUAAGAGAAGCUGCAUGAAACCUGUGGGUACAGGUUUUCAAAGACGGCUAACAAAACAUCCAACAGCUCUGAACGUACAACGAGACUUUAGUAUUUUCUGCGACUGUCGUUGCGCUUCUUUUUUUCUUGUGUGUUGCCAAAUAUUUGUACUGAAAAGGAGCUUCAGCAAGAAGCCAUUGCACCUUUAAAAUCCUUGAUGAACCCAGAACAACAGGUCAAACAGGGAAGUCUCAUUUCUAGUGUUAUUGCUUUCAAGAAGGCUCAGUAGUGCAUAAACACUGCAGCCAACACUUGACUCCUGACAGAAGAUUUAAACUUGCAUAUAUUCUUAAUAAAGGACAGUUGGGGGGGAAAAAAAACAAAGAAGAAAAUGUCAAAAUGUUCACUUGAAGCUUAAUAAAAGUUAUGGUGCUUUCACAGCUAA